GUGUUCGGUUCGCAGCUGAGCGGAGGGCACCACGCGAGACACACUCACAGCAUAAUAACACUCCUUAACGCGACCGUUAGUUUAGUCGCAGUCUUUAGUCUCUAGCUGACGCACACACUGUCUGAACCGGGGCUGGCCGCCGUCGCCGUCGUGCUUGCGUAUCACUUGCGCGCGUGUCUACAGCAGCAGCAGCUUUUGGUGCGCUCGAUCCACGGUGCUCGUGGCGGGGGUUUUUGUGUUUGGGCGAGGGUUUAGUUUUUGGUGGGACGAAAGUGGACGAAAGAAAGGGUUAAAAAUUGCAGCGCAAAAAUGUCCUUCCGAGUACGGAAAUGAAAACACUUUAGAGUGCGGGAUUUGUACACGAUCGAGUAGGCUUUGCGCGAGGCCCACCGUCUCAAGCACGGCCAAGCCAGCUGAUACGUUGCCAAAGGGGUGUGUGUGUGAGUGUUGAUUGUUUCACUGUUGUUUGUGCGUUCUGUAAACUGCUUGUGUGUCUGCCGAUACUGACAGUGAAAGUGCAGCGUGUAAAUCGAACCCCGUGCAGGGUGAAGGGAACAAUUUGUGCGGUCUCACAGAAACACAAUCCAGCACCGUUAAUUACUACGCCCGUCUGAAGGUGUCCUAACCGGUAACGAUUAAUGUGUGGCAUAAAACGUACACAAGUGGUGGAAAAGGCAGUGCCAAAGCGAUGCAAAACCAGUGAAGUGUCGGUGUCGAAGUGAGUCCGUUUCCUGUUGCGAAGGGAGCUUCGUGUGCAGCACUAAUGUACUGAAGAAUUCCGUAACCAUCUCCAAAACAAACCAUUUCUUCAAUUUUGAUUGCACGCACCAUAAAGCUCGCCCACGGAAGGAACAAGCGAGCGUGUCGGUCGGGUCCGUCCGUCCUGUCUGUCUCAGCGCUAAUGUGAUUGUCGUAAACGACUCCAACACGUCCGACUUGGUGUUGUUCUACUCAUUAACGCUUCCGCCACGGAAUAAUAGCAUCAGUGCGCGCGCGAGAGCUGGCGGGAUUUUUAUGUAUUUUUGCACGCAUCAUCGCACACCGGCCUGUCAUCGGCAGAGACGCACGCCAGCUCGCCGUUUGAGUGUUGAGUGAUACCGGAAAAGCGCCGUGACACCGGGAAGAAGGGAUCGUAUUGCAACGGGACACCGCCUCCAUCCAUCCCGGCAGUGUUGUUGUUGUGCAGCAGCUUCCCGCUUGGCAGUGAUGUACCCACUUUCGGCGAUGCUUUGCUGAGACGAAACGAUGGAAUAUGGAGGACGGUGGAGCGGACCCCGAGAACAACAAUAGUAGCCACUGUGGAAUGUUAGGUAUCAGCAUGCCAUGCGAAGGAGCCGGCCAUGACUUUAGCACCGUCCGGAAGGAACUGGAGUACGCGAACGCGAUCGCAGCAGCGCACUACGGCGCCGCCUCGGACAAGGGCGAUCGCAUCCUUAGCUAUAAACUAGAGAAUAGAAGACGAAGUGAGCACUGUAGCCGGUCGAACAGUCCAUUUCUCAACCCAACGCCGGCCGAUCUAGAGGGCCGGUGUAGCAACAGCAGCAAACCGACGGGAAUCCUGCGUACCGUCGCCCAGGACAAGAUGUCACCACUCUCGAUGCCCACCGGCCCGAGCGCCACAUCGACGACGGCCGCCGCAGCCGCCGCAGCCGUGGCCGCCGCCCAAGUACACCUGAACGGAACUAUGCAAGACAUGAUCAAUCUGCAGAAGCUGCAAAGCCUAGCCCAGCUAACGGGGGCAAGCGUUCUGGGGCCGAGUUUGGGGCUGCCGACGUCCCCGCUGCUGGGCAACUCUCCCCUCAACCUAAGCCUCUCGGGUCAGAACCACAGCCCGCAGGUGUUGGGGCUCGGGCCGGCUGCCCCAAUUGCAGCGGCCGCACCCCAGAUGCCUCAGCUGCUGCUCGCGUCCGGUCAGAUAAUGCAGGGCAUUCAAGGUGCCCAGCUACUCAUACCGACGUCUCAAGGCAUUGCAACUCAAACCAUCCUGACGAUCCCGGUCGGACAGCAGGUGAUAUCCAACAUGAGCAGUGAGGCGCUACUACAAUCGCUGAACUUUAACAACUCGCUGAGCGAAACGCUUAGCUCGCAGGCGGCCCAGGCGGCCGCGGCUGCUGCUGCCGCCAGUGGUGGUCUGUUCGCUCCACCCAGGGAUGCCCAGGGAACCGGGUCCGGUGGUGGGUUGCUUUCGACGCAGCUGCUCGGUUCGGCUGCUGGAGCGCACUCGCAACAACAUUCCCCGAAAGGUUUGCACUACGCCAACCAUCACCACCAUCACCACCAUCACCAUGGAGAUGUGAAGUUUAAGCCAAACGCUUCCUCCACCUCCUCCUCGUCCUGCUCCUCUUCGUCGGUCGUCGUAUCGGGGGCGAGCUGUAUGCCCUCGGUUCAUGAUACCCACCGGCAGCAACACCUUCCGCCCGGCCACUCGCUGUCGUCCGCGUCUGCCUCCUCCAACACGCUCGACCAUCGUUCGGCGGUCGCUGGUCGCAUGACACCGGACAUGCAUCGGGUGAAACUGCAGGCGGGCGACUCGCCGAAGCGAAUCUCGCUCGUCGCAUCCUCUCCACCCGUGUCAACCCAUAGCCGACCGGCCAGCUACGCCUCCUGCUCGUCCUCACCGUACGACAAAUCGAUGACGCUGAAGCGUGCCCUUUCGCCGCCGGCCACCCUGAACUGUACCACGCCGAGCAGCAGCAGUAGCGGCAGCGGCCACUCCAGCAACGGCCAUCUGCAGGUGAACGUCCACAGUGCCAUCAGUGCGGCGAGUCCAUGCUCUCCAUCGGACGCCAGUGCAAUCAACAGACUUGGUCUACCGACUGGUGGAGUGGAUCUGCUCCCAUCGAAGUCGAAACUAUCGCCCGGUGGUUCGUCCAGCUCUGGCCUACCGCUCACCAAGGAUCAACCUUCAAGUCAUCCCCAUGCGUCAGUCUCGCCAUUGCACCACCAUUCCUCCUCGGGACCGUCGGCACCGGGAUCGACUGGUCGGCCAGGGUCCUGCGAUCUGGAGCUGAUAGAGCAGCAUCAGCACCAACAGCAGCAGCAUCACCGGGCUCCGUCGGCGGACGACCUGGAGCUAGAGAAACCGUCCACCGUCGGCAGUAGCAGCGGUACGGUGCAUCAGCUACAGAAGCGAUCCCAUCACAGUGCAGCCAGCACGCCGCCACCGAAACUGAGCCCGGCCGGAUCGACCGGUCGGCUAUCGCACAGCGACGACGACGAUGACGACGCAUCGAACCACGAGUUUCUGGAAGAGCAUCCAAAUGAGUUAACAAUCAAUCAAACUAAUUGCAACGUGGUGGACGGUAUCGAUCUGGACGACAUCAAGGAGUUCGCCAAGGCGUUCAAACUGCGGCGACUGUCGCUCGGGCUCACGCAAACCCAGGUCGGCCAGGCGCUGUCCGUCACCGAGGGACCUGCCUACAGCCAGAGUGCCAUCUGCAGUGCUCUCGCCGCCCAGAUGUAUUGUGCAGCGCAACUUUCAUCGCAGCAGCAGCAAAUGUUUGAAAAGUUAGACAUUACUCCCAAAAGCGCACAAAAAAUCAAACCCGUGCUCGAGCGCUGGAUGAAGGAGGCGGAAGAAAGUCAUUCAUCUAGGUACAAAUCGGGCCAAAACCACGUGCCAGACUUUAUCGGUGUGGAACCGUCCAAGAAGCGGAAACGAAGGACGUCCUUUACGCCGCAAGCGCUCGAGCUGCUGAACGGACACUUCGAGCGCAACACGCAUCCUUCCGGAACGGAAAUUACCGGCCUAGCCCAUCAGCUCGGGUACGAGCGGGAAGUUAUACGCAUCUGGUUCUGCAACAAACGCCAAGCGCUCAAGAACACCGUGCGGAUGAUGUCGAAGAGCUUCAAGAUGGAGAAUACUUAAACAAAAAACUACACACACACACAC